AUGGCGGCUGCCGGCAGCUGGACCGCGGACAAGGAUGGCAGCCGGGAAUCUGAGGCUGGGGGCGGCGUCCGGCAGUACAAUCCCUACAAGGAUCUCCAGAUUCCAUACCAGACCAUCUACAACCUGCCGACCUCUCCCGAGUUUCUGUUCCAGGAGGAGUCGAUCGCUCAGCGCCGAUCAUGGGGAGAGAACCUGACGUACUACACGGGGUGCGGGUACCUCGUGGGGUCCGUCGGCGGUGCCUCGAAGGGUCUAUUUGAGGCCGUACGUGCAGCGGAGGGGGGGGACACGCUCAAGCUCCGGGUCAACAGGAUCCUCAACACGUCGGGCCAGACAGGGAGGCGGAUCGGCAACCGCCUUGGGGUUAUCGGCCUGAUGUACGCCGGGCUGGAGAGCGGUAUGGUGCUGACGAGGGACACAGAUGACUGGGUGAACAGCGUCGUGGCGGGGCUCGGAACUGGAGCUCUAUUCAAGGCUGCGUCAGGUCCGCGGUCGGCUGCGGUAGCAGGAGCUCUCGGCGGGUUGAUGGUUGGCGCCGCCGUGGCGGCCAAACAGGUGGCGAAGAGAUAUGUUCCUAUCUAG